AUGUCGUUCAAGCGGAUUAGCAAGGAGUUAGCUGAUUUGGGAAGAGAUCCCCCAUCAUCAUGUUCAGCCGGCCCAGUCGGAGAUGACGUAUAUCACUGGCAAGCCUCGAUUAUGGGUCCGCCAGACUCGCCAUAUGCCGGAGGAGUAUUCUUCUUAUCGAUCCAUUUCCCUACUGAUUAUCCAUUUAAGCCCCCAAAGAUCGCAUUUACAACCAAGAUUUAUCACCCAAAUAUCAACGCCAAUGGUAAUAUCUGUUUGGAUAUCUUGAAGGAUCAGUGGUCACCAGCUUUAACUAUAUCCAAGGUAUUGUUGUCCAUCUGUUCGUUGUUGACCGAUGCGAAUCCCGAUGAUCCAUUGGUUCCAGAAAUCGCUCACAUUUACAAACAAGAUAGAGCAAAGUAUGAGGCCACUGCUAAGGAAUGGACCAAGAAAUACGCUGUUUAA